AUGAUCCCUCUUGGGAGCCAAAUUCUGCCCCCAGCACAGCAGAUACCAAUUCUCAACGCUGUUGCAGGAACAACAGAGGCCGUGGUUGUGGAGGUGCGAGUUGCGGAGGCGCGCGCAGAGGUCAGCAGGCUUCACCUAGUAGUGAGCUUGAACGAAGACAAUGAGGAAGAGGAGGAAGACGAUGACGAGGAGGAAGAAGAAGAAGAUCAGCUUGAGGAUCAGAUUCAAGCAGAGGGCUCAGAGGACCGCACAGGCAACCAACAGUCGGACGAUGAAGAGCUGUACAACUAUGGGCCCGUUGCAAAAGUUGACGGCUUUAGUCACAACAAUGAGCAGCAGGACUUCAUCCAACAGUCUGACUGGGUCAACGACGGGCAUGCUACAGCAGCUUUGGGGGACUACUCAGAUUGUCUUUGUCUGCUAACACAGUCAGCGCCUGAUGAUGAGCGCGCUAACAGCCGCCCCAGGGCUUAUGUCUCCUCCUCUCAGAUGCAAUGCUCCCAAGCAUCUGCCUUUCCCGACCGUCUGCAUUCAUCCCAGCAAUUGCACGUGUCUGUAGUCACGCAUCAGCAUCUGCCUUUCAACGGCAAGAUUCAACCAUGCGUCUCUCCCACAACCAUCACGCAUGUGCCUUUGCUCGAGGACUGGCUUUGGCUUGCAAUGAGCGCACAGCAGGCUUGCAUUGAAGCCCAGGAGACUGCUUGUGCUGCAGCAGAGAUUGAGCAUCUCAUCUCUCAACUUGAAAGCAGCUCAAGUCAAGCGGUGCUGCCGCUGGUCAAGCAAGUUCAAACAAGCCCCAUCUCUGCAGCAUACAAAGUGACUCUGCAGAAAGGUGUGCGCUUGUCCAUGAGUCUGUUGCUGGAGGCAAAGGAAGAGCAGCUGGUCAUGUGGCUUUUCCAGCCAAAGACCGCUCUGGACUAUGCAACAAUGUCCAGUGAUGUCAAGUCACUUCCUUGUUUGUCCACCUUGACGAGGUCAUAG